UUUCUCUUUUUUUAACCUGUGGCUUGAAAGAAAGCAGCAGUGAAAAUGAAUUUCAUGCUAGUAGACACUUUUAAGACUAGAUUUAGCUGCAGUCACAUUAGCUUAGAUAAUGGGAGAAUUUUUCUUCAUUGAAAAUGCUCCCUGUCGCUUAAGAAGAACUCACUGAGGCAGCCUGCCAUCUAGCUUUUUCACAGCAAAAUAGGCUUGCAGACUGCAGAUGAGAGACUCGGGAGCAGAGACAAUUUUAACUUAGCCAUCCCUAAUUUAUCUCAAGCUUUUUCAAUUCAUCUUCACUGCUCUAUGCACACUGGAACACCAGAUUGUCAACCCCUGGGAAAAGAAAGCAGCCAGGGAUCUAGGGAGCUGUCACAUCCUGAGAAAUAUUUAAAUUGUGCUGAUUUUCUUCUGGAGUGCUGAGCAGACGGAAUGAAACUCUCCAUCAAGUCAUAGCUUUGCGGGCAAUAGAUCAGAGGAUACUGCCAGUUUUCCUAAUGGAUUAUUGUUAUCGGGCAGGUUCUUCCUGAAGUUUAAAUUGUGAGAUGUUUCCAGCAACAUGAAAACCUGAAAUAUGCAAUGGAGAAUAUCCAUUCAUCUCUGGAAAGUUUUUCUCCUCAAGAAUUACACAGUGUGUGGACCAACCCAUGACAGCACCAGAUUCUUUUAAGUGAAGCAGUGUGAUCUUAAAACUUAGUGUCAAGCUCUUCAGAUAGCUACUAGAUUUAACAAGGUUGAAAAAGGAAUUUACAUUGUGGCUUUUUUUAAUCAGACAGCCAACCCCUUCCUUAACAAGAUAAGAGUACUACUGGACAUUGUGACAGGGCAGUCUGAGGUGCUGGAUGUGCAGGGUUCUGAAGGCAAGAAAAGACCAGAAGUGACAUGCUGAACUUUCCAUAAAGGAAAUGUGGAAUUUGUGCUCCUGGCCUGCUGUUUCUCAUUUGGAUCUCUACUAGGCUUUCUACUAGGAGAAUUUUCUUGUCUUUCUUAUGAGCCGUUGUGAGAUGACUUUGCACUGAAGUUUUCAGUUUCUGCAUCUGGUGGCGCAAAUGAAAAGUUGUGACACUACCGUAUGCAGUUCUUCACGAGACACAACUUGAAAUAUUGUGAUAAAAUGAGAUGCUUGCGGAAACGAUCAGCAGUGUCGUUCUUAGGAAUCCUUGUUGUUUGCUUGCUGUUCAUGAACUUGUACAUUGAGGAUAGUUAUGUUUUGGAAGGGGACAAGCAAUUAAUCAGAGAAACAGCCACGCACCAGCUCAACCCAGAGCGUUAUGUUCACAGUUUUAAAGAUUUGUCUAAUUUCUCAGGAUCUAUAAACAUUUCCUAUCGCUACCUAGCUGGCACACCUUUGCCAAGGAAAAGGUAUCUUACAAUUGGUCUAUCCUCUGUAAAACGAAAAAAGGGAAACUACUUGCUUGAGACCAUCAAGUCUAUAUUUGAACAGUCAAGCUAUGAGGAACUCAAAGAAAUUGCAGUGGUAGUACAACUGGCAGAUUUUGACUCAGCCUGGUGUGAAGGGAUGGUCCAAGAUAUUUCGCAGAAAUUUGCACAUCACAUAAUUGCGGGCAGAUUAAUAGUUAUUCACGUCCCUGAGGAUUACUAUCCUGUACUGGAUGGCCUUAAGAGAAAUUACAAUGACCCCGAGGACCGUGUGAAGUUUCGAUCAAAACAAAAUGUCGAUUAUGCUUUCCUUCUAAACUUUUGUGCUAAUCUUUCUGACUAUUAUGUGAUGCUGGAAGAUGACGUUCGCUGCUCAAAGAAUUUUUUGACUGCUGUUAAGAAAGUAAUUACCUCACGAGAAGGAUCCUAUUGGGUGACGUUGGAAUUCUCCAAGCUGGGGUACAUUGGAAAGCUUUACCAUUCCCAUGACCUACCACGCCUGGCCCAUUUUCUAUUGAUGUUUUACCAAGAAAUGCCUUGCGAUUGGUUGCUCAUCCACUUUCGUGGGCUGUUAGCUCAAAAGGAAGUAAUACGUUUUAAGCCAUCUCUCUUCCAGCACAUGGGAUACUACUCGUCUUACAAAGGAGCUGAAAAUAAGUUAAAGGAUGAUGAUUUUGAAGAGGAAUCCUUUGAUAUCCCUGACAACCCACCUGCAAACUUGCACACCAAUAUGAAUGUAUUUGAAAACUAUGAGGCGAGCAAGGCUUACAGCAGCAUUGAUGAGUAUUUCUGGGGCAAAGCCCCCUCUACUGGAGACUUCUAUGGAAUUGUAUUUGAAAAGCCCAUUAAAAUCAGCAAAAUUAAAGUUGUCACUGGAACUGAAGAUCGGCAAAAUGACAUUUUACACCAUGGGGCCGUAGAAGUAGGUGAAAAGAUUAUAGGCAGUAAAAAAGGAAGACAAUGUACAACUUACUUGAGACUAGGGGAGUUCAAAAAUGGGAAUUUUGAAAUAACAGAUUUAGAGCACAAAGUUCUGUUUGAUAUUAACUGCAUGAGAAUACUUGUUACUAAAAGUCAAAAAGAAUGGCUGAUCAUUAAGAGCAUUAGUGUCUGGACUUCUCAAACACCAAAUCAAUAAAGCAAGGCCACCUGAGAAGGUACAGAGUGCAUACAAUCAAGUGGGUCACAACUGGUGCCACUCCCCAGAAAAAUAGACACUUCAGCUCUUCACUAGAGACACAGAAUAUCUGGGGAAAACACAAAACAAGUAAAGCAAUUUAUUUUUUACCAGUUUGGUCAGGCAAUAUACAAACAUUAAUUUGUUGAAAAUUUUGAAUUUUAUAGAAAACAAAAGGUUCUCAAACCUCUCUUGAGAUCUUUAAACUCUUUUUUAUUAUUAUUUCUCUGUAAGAGAGAUCAUGUGGACUAUACAGAACAAAAAAAAAAAAUCUGUCUUAUAACUGCCAAAAAGUUUAAAUCUAUGACCAUUAUGUUGUGAAAAGAAAUUGGAUUGCACCUUAUGCACAUAAAAAUUUAAAAUCUCAUGGUAGUAUGCGUUUGUCCUGUAGUUGGUAAUGUGUUUCUUUUCCGGGCAGUUCUGACAAGGAGAUCUGUCCUGAAACUGGCAGUUUACUUCUGAGCACUGUAAGAAAAUAAUGUGGCUAGUCAUUGCAACUUCUUGUCAAAAAGGGAAUGUAUAAAAUUAUAAAUCUGACAUGACAAUUAUGUAAAAAAUAGAUAAUUGCAUCUGGUUUUCUGUCUCAACAAAUAUCCUUUAUUCUUUUUCCUGGCUCUUUUCACUGAAAUGAGCAUUACUUGGAUUCUCUAUUGCCUAAGGGACCAAUUUAUUCUCCUUACUUGUUCAAAUUGCCUCACACCAAGCAAGCUUUCUGCUUGAGUACCAAUGUCAGUAUCAAACCCAGGUACCUCAAGAGCAGCAUUGCUCUCUUAGAGAGGCAUCUUAACAGACCUCAGUUUCAACAUUUUUGUUCAUGAUAUGGAGAGCUCCCCCUGAGAAAUUUGCAGAUAGCAGAAUACUACAGCAUGGUUUCCAAGGAUUGUCAUACCUUCCAUAUCUACCUGUCCAGUUCAUGAUGAUACAAAUGCAAAAUGUACUGGGUUAAUCAGUUGGGGGCAAAUGUAAUCUCCAGCCUGUCCUGGAUGACCUGCAGUCAAUAGAAGAGACACAAAAUGAAGACUCCUAAUACAAUGAGAAAUUAAUAUGUUUCUUAAUUAGGGGUGUUUUGGGUGUUUUGGGUUUUUUUUAGUUUUCUAAUUCUGUUUGUAUUAAUGUUGUAGACAUCUUCCCACUGCCUCUGGUUAUUUCCUAUAAACAUAUCUUGCCUGACUUUAGACAAUAAGCAGAAAAGUUCCUCCAGUCUAUAUGACUUCAGUGUUAGCUCUGGGCUUCUAAUGCAUCACACAGGGAAGCUGUAUAGCAUAUGAUUUACACUAUAUGCAUAGAUUUAGAUUAAGAGAUUCUAUGGGGCUUUUUCCUCUAAGAAAUUCCCUAGAUUGUGUCAGUAGACACACUAAGAAAUACGUGAGUAGCAAGUGUGACAGAGAUGAACAUUUUAUUGUCAAUCUCAUUAAUACUGUGCUUAUCAUCUGAUUACAUUUAGGGGGUUUAGUUAAAUCUGGAAGGCAAGAAUUAAAUUUCAAGAAUGCUUGCACUGACUAGCGUUCAGUCUAGGAUGAGUACAUACAAGCCUAACAUGGCUAUUUCAGAAGGAUAAAUUAUUUUUAAAAUCUACACAAAACAUCAAUGCAAUUGAUCUUCCUGGUUCAUAAAGCUGGAUAAAUUCGAGCCCAGCUUUGGCAAAUCACCCAAUACAGAGGUAAGGUAUGUUGUCAAAUAAAUCUUCUGGUAUAUGUUUCUACCUAAUUCAGAAAAACAUCUUUUUUUCAAAGAAAGUAUUUGCUUCUUUGUUCCUUAAUAUACACCUAGAUCUCUGGAUUUUUACAUACAUAUCUUCAGUAAAAUACAUUAAAAGUGCCAUACAUGUUCAAUUUGAAAAGGAAAAUUGAAGCUCUCUUAAAAAAAAAAGGCAAAUACAUGCUAGUCUUAAAUUAUUAUAAAUACUUAAGAAGGACUUGCUUUUUAAUAUUGAUAUUCCACAUUUCAAAAAUAAUUAGCUGGUAAUUAGUCAAUCUUCUUUUUUUUUUUUUUUUUUUUUUUUUUUUAAUAAGCUGUCAGUCUUCUAUUUUUCUUUUAUAGAAUCACAGAAUGGUUUGGGUAUAAUAGGACCUUAAAGAUCAUCUAGUUCCAGCCCUCCUGCUAUGGACAGAGAUUUCUUCCAUUGGAUCAGAUUGCACAGAGCCACAUCAGACCAGUAUUGAACACCUUCAGGGAUGGGGCAUUUACAACUCCUCUGAGCAACUUGUUGCAGUGCCUUGUUGUCGCCACAGUAAAGAAUUUCUUCCCAAUAUCUAUUCUAAACCUACUUUUAGCUUCAAGCCAUUCCCCCUUAUCCUGAUACUACAUGCCCCAGUAAAAAGCCCUUUGCCAGCUCUCUUUAGGUGCUAUAAGGUCUCCAUGGAGCCUUCUGUUCUGUAGCUGAACAACCCCAACUCUAAGCCUUUACUCAUAGCAGAAGUGCUCCUGCCUUCCAAUCAUUUUUGUAGCUUUUCUUUGUAUCCACUUGAUCUUUUAUUUGUAAUUCUUUAUUUUUCCUUGAUCUCUAACUAUUAGGGCCAAAACAAAUGUUACUAGGUUAAGCAGGAACCUUUAUUUUUAUUCAGAAAUGCAAUAUGUCUGAAGCAAUUUUCUAAAUUAGAAUUGAAAAUACACUCAAUCCCAAGAUUUCAAAUACUCCUGAAAUAUAUACUCUUGAUUUCAAAUGCUCUCUCAAAUAAUCAAAACCAUAGACAAUGUGAAUGGCUAGUACAAAUUAAAUGACAUAAGCCUAAGCAAUCUAAAUGGUAUUUUUUAAUUCCAAGCUGGAUAAAACUGCUUUCCUUUUCAAAAUAGCACUAGUAUUGGAUAUCAUCAUUGGCACAAUGGCUUAGCAUCAAGAUCUCUCAUCUGAUUGUUACCAGUCUUAAGAGAUCUAACCCACAGAUGCCCUCAGAGAAAGUUUUCCUUGGCUGUGAAUACUGGUAAGUGCUAAGAAUGAGAGGCAUGCACUAUUCUUACUUGAAGGUGAAUUUGACCUGACUUUGAAGAAAUAAUUAACAAUACAUUUAUUCCAGGAGAUUCUAGAAUUCAGUUAUGAAAGCUAAUGUUUUGAGCACUCACUGUAGGGCAUCCAGCUUCUCCUUCACUAAACACAUAUUUUAUUCAUCACAUUCACACAAAAAAGGCUACCAGAUUCUGGAAGAAAAAAAACCAAAAAAAAACAAAAAAGAAAAAAGAAGACAUAAAAUUGAUGAUAACUGGUUUUCAGGCAGAUUUCAAAAAUAUAUAUUUGAAGACAUGAUUUUUAUUCUUAUGCUAGGAAAAGUGAUUGUCUUCUGCAAGAAAAAUAUUUAAUCAGAGAUUUAUACCUUCACCAAUGCUUUGCAAAGCUUGAAUUUUCUUCUUUUUUUGCACUAAUUAGCAGCUUACAAAGAUCUGUUCUUUGUGUAUACACUUGAUUCUGUUAGAGUAUGUUUCCUGGCUUCAUUUGUGGACUGAACAUCAAUAUUUUCAUACCAAAAUGAAUCACAGAAUAAGCUGUGUUUGAAGAGACCCAAAAGGAUCACCUUUUCUAGCCCCUAACCCUGCACAGGAUACCCCAAGGAUCACACCCUGUGCCUGGAAGCAUUGUUCAAAUGCUACUUGAACUCUGUCAGGCUUGGUGCUGUGACCACUUCCCUGGGGAAUCUGCUCCCUCUGGGGGAAGAAGCUUUCCUAAUGUCCAACGUAAACCUUCUCAGACACAAUUUUAGGCCAUUCCCUCCUGUUCUGUUACUGAUCACCGCAGAGAAGAGAUCAGUCCUGCCCCUCCUAUUCCUCUCCACAAGGAAGUAAUAGACAGCAGUGAGGUGCCCCCUCAGUCUCCUCUUUUCCAGGCUGAACAGGCCAGAUGAUCUCAGCUACUCCUCAUAUGGCUACUCAUCAAGACCCUUCACCAGCUUUGCUGCCAUCCUUUGAAUGCUCUCUAAGAGCUUAAUAUCUUUUUUAUAUUGUGGCACACAAAACUGUCCCCAACACCCAAGGUGAGGCCACCCUGGUGCAGAGCAGAGUGGGACAAUCCUCUCCCUUGCUUGGCUGGUGAUGUUUUUCCUGAUGCCCCCCAGGAUAUGGUUGGCUCUCCUGGCUACCAGGGCACUGCAGACUCAUGUUCAACUUGUCAUUGACCAUAACCUCCAGGUCCUUUACCACAGCUCUGCUUUCCAGCAUCUCAUUCCCCAGUCUGUCCAUACAUCCAGGGUUGCCCCAUCCCAGGUGCAGAAUCCUGCAUUUGCCCUUGUUGAACUUCUUAUGAUUGUCAUUGCCCACCUCUCUAACUUUUUGAGGUCUCUCUGUAGGGCCUUUCUGGGAGUUGACAGAUCCUCACAGUUUUGUAUAAUCUGCAAACUCACUUAGUAUCCCUUCCAGUCCUGCAUUUUGAAUAAUUUCUGAAGAUGCUGAAGAGCACUAGGUCGAGAAUGGAACCCUGUGGAUUCCCACUAAUGACAGGACCCCAGUCCAAUGUCACUUCUUUCACUGUAACUCUUUGCGCCUGACCUGUGAGCCAGUUGCUAUCCCAUCACAUGAUGUGUUUAUCCAGCUGUGUGUUGGAUAUUUUUUCCAGAAGGAUCCUGUGAGAGCGACUAUCAAAAACUUUGCUGAAAUCCAAAAAGAUCACAUCAACCACCUUCCCUUGAUCAGCUAGGGAUCAGCUUAUCAUAAAGGGAGAUCAGGUUUAUUAAGCUGGACUUCCCUCUCAUGAAGCCGUACUGGCUGUGUCCAAUGACUGAGUUGUCUUUCAGGUGUUUUUCACCUGAAUAAUCAUCAUAACAUUAUGAGGCACUGAAGUGAAACUGAGACUUUCCAUAAAUACUGAAAAUAUUGCACUGUGGUCUGGACAGUGAUUCAUCUGUUCUGAACUUUCCUACAUAUAUUGUUGCUACUAACACCUUUUGGGAUUGCUGAUAGUAUAGAACGGGGAAUUCUUGGGAAGUAAAAUAUUAUUCACUUCAAACUAAAAGAAGAAAUUAGCUCUUUCUGCAGAAUAAACAAACCCAGGGCAUGACAAUUUUCAGGACAACCAAUUUUAGAAUAUUUAAUAAAACUACUAUGAUAAGGGUAAUUCACUAAGAUUCUAUACAAAUGUGAUAUUUUUUAGAUCAAUCUUCUAACAUGGUGCUCUGUUUUACUGUCUGCUCAGUAUUCUCCUAUGUAAGACAUGAAUGUUUUCGCUUUUAUAAAAGGACAUUGGAAACUUGUUCUUUAUUGAAUUAUUACAAGUUAAUAAAAGAGCAAACUAUGACACCUUA